AUGCACUGGACAAGCUCUACCAUCCUGAUAGUCAACACUGCUCUCUUUCUGGCUGGGGUUGUCAUUGUUCGCAACCUGUACAAUCGACGUCUUGGACUUCCAUAUCCUCCCGGCCCGACACCCAGCAUCAUUCCAUUUGUUGGCAACCUACAUGAUAUGCCAACAAAAGCAGGAUGGUUCGAAUUCACGGAAUGGGGGAAACUGUAUGGUAUUGGCCGCUUGUUAUGCUCGAGGUCAUGGGUCAAAAAGAUCUGUAUCAUCAACAUGAUUCGCACCGCGACAGAUUUGCUAGAUGCUCGGUCCGCUGUAUAUUCCGAUAGACCACAAAUGCGUAUGGUUAGAGAAUUGACUAACUUUUAUGGAAUGGGUUGGGAAUUCAACGUGGGAUUUCAAAACUACGGUCCCAAGCAUAAGAAAAGAAAUAACGUUGCUCCUAGAGAAACUCCUAUGAUGUCCGGAGCAAUUCGAAGAACUUCCGCGAGAAACGACGAAUUCGUUCGUAUAGCAGAAGAGGCCCAAUUUGCUAUGGUCUCCGCCGCUCGGCCGGGGCUUAUCUUGUUGAUUCCAUCCCCGCGUGCUCGAGAAGGACGAAAGCUAGCCGAAGACCUACAGAACAAACCUUACGCAUGGGCUCGGAAACAGUUCGACGAAGGCAAAGCGAAACCCAGUUUCUUCACAUCGAUCAUGGAAACCAAAGGCUUGUGUUCGGGUGAUCCUGUGGAGAAAGAGCAGCUGAUCAAGAAAGCAUCCGCACUGAUGUAUGCUACUGAUGCUGAUACUAUUUUGGCCUCUGUUCUCAAUUUCUUCCUCGCAAUGCUCCAUGCCCCGGAUUGCAUCGUCAAGGAGACCCUUCGGUGGGAGCAAGGUACGGCACUAGUGCUUUUAGAUAGGAUCGUUUAUGAAGGGUACUUUAUUCCAAAAGGCACCACCAUGAUACCCAAUCAGUAUGCCAUGGCAAGUCUAGAGCCCCUUUCCGACCCCAUGGUAUACCGCCCCGAGCGUUUCAUGGAAGCUCCGACUGCUAAAGACGGAGGUCCGCGUGACCCGAAUACCAUUGCAUUUGGCUGGGGGCAGCGCAUCUGUCCUGGCCGUUUUCUUGCUGAAAAUUCGCUCUGGCCUCAUGCGGCUACGACUCUUGCGUGUUUCAAUAUAUCGCCUAUCAUUGGAAGUGACGGUAGAUUUGUCAUUCCUCCUAGAGAUUACACAUCUGGGCCCGCCAGUCCGAAGCCUUUUUCUUGUCAUAUUCGGCCACGAAAUCCUGGGGUUGCGGAGCUCAUCAAAGACAACAUUGCUUCUGUGGAGAGCCAAUGA